UUCUGCGCUGCGGGGGGGGGGAGAGGAGGAGUGUCGAGAGAAUCUAGUCAGAGGUCCAACAGGCUGAGCGAAAAAAAGGGGGACAAAGGUAGAGCUGAGAGCGACUUGUCCGGCUUGAUAAAAGCAGAAAAGGAUACAACCGCCGGAACAGCGGUCGCUGUGUAGUAGCUUGGGCGGCCUCGCCGGGGGUCUGAUAGAAGAAGCCCUUGAAGGGUCUCUGCCUGCCUUUCCGCCCCGUGGCCGUCUUCUCUGAGGGGGGUCGGCGGCUGGGCGUGGCUUUUUCCAUGACUGCCCUCCGCUUGUGGGAUCACCUGAAGGCUGGUAGCUCCGAGCUGGACUGGUGCGAGAACAACUACACCGUUGUGCCCACCAUUGCCGAGUUCUACAACACGAUAAGCAACAUUUUAUUUUUUGUACUGCCACCAAUAUGUAUGUGUUUAUUCCGACAAUAUGCAGUGUGUUUCAACAGUGGAAUUUAUUUAAUAUGGACCCUGAUGGUGGUUGCCGGAAUUGGAUCUGUCUACUUCCAUGCUACACUUAGUUUCCUGGGUCAGAUGCUUGAUGAGUUAGCUAUACUCUGGGUUCUUAUGUGUGCCUUGGCUAUGUGGUUUCCCAGACGCUAUCUCCCCAAAAUUUUCAGGAAUGACAGGGGCCGAUUUAAAGCAGUGGUCUGCAUCCUUUCAGGGGUUAUGACUUGCCUUGCCUUUGUCAAACCAGCCAUCAAUAACAUAUCUCUGAUGACAUUAGGUCUUCCUUGCAGUGGGCUGCUCAUUGCAGAACUUAAAAGAUGUGACAAUGUGCGAGUGUACAAGCUGGGACUCCUUUCUGGUCUCUGGUGGAUGUUGGCACUUUUUUGUUGGAUUAGUGACAAAGCGUUUUGUGAGAUCUGGUCAUCAUUCAAUUUUCCAUACUUGCACUGUUUAUGGCACAUUCUCAUCUGCAUUGCUGCCUACCUAGGCUGUGUCUGUUUUGCAUACUUUGAUGCAGUCUCUGAAAUCCCCGAACAAGGUCCUGUUCUUAAAUUCUGGCCAAGUGAGAAGUGGGCUUUCAUUGGAGUUCCUUAUGUCAGCCUCGUCUGUGCCUGCAAGAAAUCACCCUUGAAGAUCACGUGAAAAAUGCUAAUACGCAGAGCAAAGGCAAUAGAACUAGAUAUCCUUUCUCUGGGACUGGUGUGAUGGGAGCUGGUGUGGACCUUUUUCUAUUUCUGACUCUCAAGCACAAUUAGGUGCAAAGCAGUAAGACACUGCCUUUGUCUCCCAACUUUGGGACUCCCAUACCUUUGUUUUGGUAACUUUGGAGCUUUUCUAUUAAAUAGCUAAGUUUGGUUUGUUUAUCUAGCAUUCUCCCAAUGUUUUUUUUUCUCGCAUACAACAGUAUGUAAUGGGCUAUGAAUGGAUACUGUCAAAACAGCAAAGCUAUUUCCUCUCAUUGCUGGUCAGUUUAGUAGCAUGAAUAUGUGAUAUGAUCAAGCGCUCAUCCUUGGCUGACUGUUGCUCAUGAGGAGCAGAGAAACUCUGAAUAUGCUGGUGUUGUACUGUCCUAGUUUUGUUAGUAUUAUGGGAAGAGAAGAACUCAUAUCUCAGAAUGUUGUAUUUUAAGUGUGUGCAUAUGAAUUCAUUAUUUUGUUUUGACAUGGGUAUAAUAAUGCAGUCAAUGCAUAUAUAAAUAUGAGUACUAUUGUACUCAUGUACAUGUACAUUGACUACAUGUAUGAAUGUUUUUCCAACUUCUGUGGUCAGAGGUUUUUAGAGGGGGAAUGGAUGUACUGUAUAAAUAAAUACUUGGGAAGAUGG